AUGGUCUCUGACAAAGACGCAGACGACCUAACACGAAAGAAUAAGAAGGUCAACCUACCAAGACAGAGUAGGGUUAAGAACAAAACACCAGCCCCUAUUCAAAUCACCGCCGAGCAAAUCGUCCGGGAGGCCCGUGAGCAACAGGAGCCAGAAUUCCGACCUCCCAAACAGAAAAUCACAGACCCAACUGAGCUUGCAGAUGAUCGUCUCCGAGAACGUAAGCAAUUCGAGGAUCAAGUCCGGCGAGCAAGGCAGGAUAUCAGUGUGUGGAUCAGGUAUGCAACAUGGGAGGAAAAGGAGGACUUGAACCGUGCAAGCUCUGUUUGGGAGCGAGCCCUCAAAGUCGAUUAUAGGAACCACACGCUGUGGAUCAAGUAUGCGGAGAUGGAGAUGAAGAACAAGUACAUCGACCAUGCUAGGAAUGUGUUGGACCGUGCCGUCCGACUCUUGCCUAGAGCGGACCCGCUUUGGUACAAGUACAUUCAUAUGGAAGAGAUGACUGGGAAUGUAGCCGGUGCUCGACAGAUUUUUGAGAGGUGGAUGACUUGGAUGCCGGAGCAGGAAGGCUGGCACUCGUAUGUCAAGUUUGAGGUCCGGUAUAACGAAGUUGAGCGUGCUAGAGCGAUUUUCGAGAGGUUUGUACAGUGUCAUCCUGGAGUUGGAGCUUGGAUCCGGUAUGCCAAGUUUGAGGUGAAGAAUGGUGGUGAUGUUGUAAGGGCUAGGAAAGUGUAUGAGAGGGCAGUGGAGAUUCUAGCUGAUGAUGAGGAGGCCGAGCAGCUGUUUUUGGCUUUCGCUGAGUUCGAAGAGAAGUGCAAAGAUAUUGAUCGAGCAAGGUGUGUUUAUAAAUUUGCAUUGGAUCGAAUACCGAAAGGAAGAGCACAGGAUUUGUAUAAGAAGUUUGUGUGUUUUGAGAAGCGAUAUGGGGAUAGAGAAGGGAUUGAGGAUGCGGUUGUGGGAACAAGGAGGUUUGAGUAUGAGGAUGAGAUUAGGAAGAAUCCUCUAAACUACGACUCCUGGUUCGAUUACAUAAGGCUAGAAGAGAGUGCAGGUAAUAAGGAAAGAAUCCGAGAGGUUUACGAGAGAGCUGUUGCUAAUGUUCCUCCAGCUAAUGAGAAGCGGUAUUGGAAGCGAUAUAUUUAUCUGUGGAUUAACUAUGCACUAUAUGAGGAGCUUGAUACCGGAGAUGUGGAACGUGCACGAGAGGUCUAUAGAGAGUGCCUUAAUCUGAUUCCUCAUAAGAAAUUCUCAUUUGCGAAAAUAUGGAUUCUAGCUGCCGAGUUUGAGAUUCGACAGCUGAAUCUCACCAGCGCACGCCACAUUCUUGGUACUGCUAUAGGCAAGGCACCUAAAGAGAAGAUAUUUAAGAAGUACAUUGAGAUUGAGCUGCAACUUGCAAAGAUAGAUCGUUGUCGGAAGUUGUAUGAUAAGUAUCUGCUUUGGAAUGCGCAGAGUUGUUAUGCUUGGAUCAAGUAUGCAGAGUUUGAGAAAUCUUUAGGUGAAACAGAACGAGCAAGGGCACUUUUUGAACUCGCAAUCAGCCAACUAGAACUUGACAAUCCUGAAUUGGUGUGGAUCAGUUAUGCAAAAUUUGAGGCAGAAGCUCCUGCCAAGGAUGAUGGUGAUCUUCUUGAAGAGAAGAGACAAUGCAUCAAGCGUGCUAGAAGGGUUUUUGAGAGAGCUCUUGACUAUUUUAUAACUUCAGCACCUGAUAAGAAGGAAGAAAGAAGCAUGUUGCUAGAAGAAUGGUUGAAUAUGGAGGUUAGCUUUGGGGAUCUGGGUGGUGUAAGCUUAGUUCAACCUAAGCUGCCAAAGAAACUGAAGAAGAGGAGGCAAACAAUAACUGACGACGGUCCUGCUGGGUACGAGGAAUACAUCGAUUACCUGUUCCCAGAAGAAAGUGAGACGACAAAUCUCAAGAUUUUGGAAGCUGCCUACCGGUGGAGGAAGAAGACAAGAUUUUCUUCUUCUGAUGAGGAUUAG